UCUACACGAGCUGAUAUAAGAAGGUUUUGCUCUGUGCAAGGUCUACCUUACAAGCCUCAGCUCAGCCGUUCCUGGAGGAGACAUUCUUAACUCUGUAAGAUUCUAUUGAACUGCCUGCAUUAGAAGGAAGUUUUGUUAUUGAAAAGUCUGCCCUUCUCAUUUGUUCCUGGGGAUACCUGCAGAUUGGUGUGGCGACAGCUCCCCAGGCUAAGGUAUCUUCCAUGAUGUUGCAAGUGCAAGGUGCCCAGAUGCUUCAGGCACUGGAGAGAUCCUUGAGGAAGAGUCUUCCUGAAUCCCUUAAGGUUUAUGGGACUGUCUUCCACAUGAACCAGGGAAACCCAUUCAAGCUAAAGGCCCUGGUGGACAAGUGGCCUGAUUUUAAUACAGUGGUAGUCCGCCCUCAGGAGCAGGAGAUGGUAGAUGACUUCGAUCACUACACCAAUACUUACCAAAUCUACUCCAGGGACCCCGAGAACUGUCAGGAACUGCUUGGCUCACCAGAAGUCAUUAACUGGAAACAGCAUUUGCAGAUCCAAAGUUCACAGUCCAGCCUGAAUGAGGUGAUACAAAGUCUUGCAGCCAUGAAAUCCUUCAAAGCUGAACAAACACAGUGCUUUCUCUAUGUGGCACUUGACACUUUAAAGAAACUGAUUCCUUCUCUACUGGAUGUAAAGAACCUACCGCCUGGCGAUGGCAAGCCUAAGCCCAUCAAUGAGCAAAUGUUUAAGCUGUCUUCCCUGGAUGUCACCCACGCUGCCCUGGUGAAUGAAUUCUGGCAUUAUGGUGGCAAUGAUAGGAGCCGAAGAUUCAUCGAGCGCUGUAUCCAGAACUUCCCCAGCUACUGUCUUCUGGGGCCCAAGGGGAACCCUGUGUCCUGGGCCCUAAUGGACCAGACAGGAGAAAUGCGAAUGGCAGGCACCGUGCCUGAGUACCGGUCCCAGGGCCUCGUCUCUUAUGUCAUCUAUACCCAGGCCCAGGCUCUGAACAAACUCGACUUCCCUCUGUACUGUCAUGUGGACAAAAAUAACAAAAUUAUGCAGAGAACGGGUUACAGUCUGCAAUAUAUUCGCAUGCCUUGUUCCUGGAACCAAUGGCACUGCGUGCCUCUGUGAAGUGUCAGAUGUGCUUGGGGAUGUGGCUGGAACAGUGGGUGGGUGGGCAGAGAGAAUGAAUGACUAGUCACCACAAUCAUCAGUAAAGGAGUGGGCUGUGGGGGAGCAGUGAUAUUGGUCUACCACUGUGAUCUCUGCAUUGAUGGGCUUCCCUUGGAUAUCUUGCUUUGGAGCAGUCCCAAUACACCAUGUCAUUUAGUUCCUCACACUUCCUGGGAAUGUCCAUGACACUUUCAUCAGCUACAUGUUGCCCCAAAUGGCAUGUCUUGGAACUCCUAGUGCAUGAAUCAGUAGAGCCUUGCCAGAUUUUCCUGGAAGGGGUAAUAUUUCCCGAGCAUUAUGACUUAUUCCUUUCUCUUUCUCUUAAUAAUCAGCAAGUACACUUUGCUCAUUAGGUCUGUAGAAAUUAUCCUCUCCUCUGAUUGCUGCUUUAUUGGUACAUGAAACACUUACACAAAUAUAUACAUGAAACAUUAGGUUAAACAUAACACAGUGAUAUCACAGGGAGAGUUACUAAGAAAAGGACUAACUAUAUUAGCCUGUGCUCUUCUCACUCCACACCAGGGAAAAUGAUUCAAUAUUGUUUCUAAAAGCAGAGCUUCUUAAAUCCAUCCAACCCCCCCCCCCCAACUAUAAAGAGGUUGUGUGUUUGAUUGUAAAAGUUGAAGUCAAGUGGUUCAUGAUGGGAAGAGCCUGGACUAGUUUGUGGAGAGGGGCAGAACCCAGACCCAAGGGGGUGGGUGUUUUUUGAGAAGAGAUAGAUGUUGAGGGAGGGGGGCAGUACAGCAUGGGUGCCUCCUGCUUCACUUGACCUGGGCCCAUUGUUUCAGGAUGCCUGAAGUGCAGUUCACGCAAUAGUCUCCCAGGAGAGUCUGCUUGGUGGUGUGGAGACAUGGUUUUCCUGGUUCUGACAAGGCAGCAGGGAGAGUUUCCUGCCCCAGCAUUUCAAGGGAAGCAGCACUAAACCUCAGCACUGUGCAGCAAAGAGAGCACUGGACUGAAGGCAGUCACCUGGAUCAAGAACCUGCUCCCUUUUGGUCCAUCUAGGUCUGGAAUUAGGCUAUGGACUUGGGGAUGAGGUCCCCACACACAGAAAAGCCAACAACCGAGGCUUAACUUCUUGGCGAGUCAAGAGAGGGGAAGCUCAGUUUAGAGCAGAGUUUCUCAACCUUGGCACAAGGGGCACUUGAGAGUGGACAGUCCCGUGCAUUUAUAGGAUGUGUAGCAGGCUCCCUGCCCUCUACCACGGGAUGCCGAUAGCACCUCCAUUCCAGUUAUGACCAGUAAACACGUCUCCGCUUGUUGAUAAUAUAUCCCCUGGAGGCGAAAUCACCUCGAGUUGAGAAGCACGGGUUUAAGGGUGGAGGUCCUCCCACUUGCCGAUGCCUCGGACUUAUGUAGCGGAGCAAUAUGGGGAGGAAGCUGGCUGUCUGCAGAACCUCGGAGGCUGCGCUCGCGACCAGGAAAUUGAAGAAAACGCUGUCAGUUGUGUUCUCAGUUGUUAAAGACGUGAAACAUUCCUUUCACUUUUCGUGUGGAUUUAAUAAAUACUCACAGGAAGCGUUA